GGCCAGGCGAGCGUCCCUGCCGGGCCGGGGUCUGGGAGCGGCGGCCGCCCGCAGAGGGAGCUGCGGGGCUGCGGACCGGAGCGCGGCCAGCCUCAGCCCGGGGCGCGGCGCGGGGAGAAAAAGAGAAAGAAAGAGAAGGGAAGAGAGGAGGCAAGCAGACACGAACUAGGGAGAGAAGACCAUAACUCCAAAGUCCAAUUGGUGAAAGUUUUCAGAAAGGAAGAUCUGCUUUUUCCAGAUGUGGUACCUUGUCUUCCUCUGCCUCCCAACCUGGGCUGAUGCAGCCUCCAUGUACGGUGAGAUCUUGUCACCCAAUUAUCCUCAGGUGUAUCCUAAUGAUGUGCAGGAAUCCUGGGAAAUCCAGGUCCCUCUGGGAUUCGGCAUUCGCCUUUAUUUCACACAUAUGGAUCUCGAACCAUCGCAGAACUGUGAAUAUGACUUUGUAAAGGUACUGUCCUUGUCCUCAAGUGAGAAAAAGACAAGAAGGCGGAUCCUGUCUGGUGACGAAGUUGAAGGUGUGCUUUGUGGGCGGAAGAAACCUCGUACCCCUGGCUCUUCAAUUGUGGAGGAAUUUCAUGUCCCUUACAACACACUCACCAUGCGCUUCCAAUCAGACUUUUCCAAUGAGGAGCGUUUCACUGGUUUUGCAGCCUACUACGUUGCAGUGGACUUGGAUGAGUGCACGGAUUUUGUGGAGGAACCUUGCAGUCAUUACUGUAAUAAUUAUAUUGGAGGUUACUUCUGUACCUGUCCACCGGAUUAUUUCCUCUAUGAGGAUGAGAAAACAUGUGGAGUGAACUGCAGCGGGAAUGUCUUCACGGAGCCAUCAGGGGAGAUUGCCAGCCCCAACUACCCCAACCAGUACCCAGAGAACUCGCGGUGUGAGUACCGGGUGGCUCUGAGGCCGGGCUACUUCGUGGCGUUGACCAUACAUAGUGGGGACUUCGACCUGGAACCAGCCGACCCCACAGGGAGUUGCCACGACAGCUUGACAUUUGUCUCUGGAAAGCAGCGUUUUGGUCCCUAUUGUGGCAGCAAAUUCUCAGGUCCUCCUGAAAUCAAAACUAGGAGCAACGUUCUUGACAUAAUCUUCCAGACAGACCACAAAACACAGCACAAAGGCUGGAAAAUACGCUACUAUGAGGAUUCCAUAACCUGUCCCCCGAGCAUCAUUCCGAACUCUGUUCUUGAGCCGCAGAAGGACAAGUACGUCUUCAAGGACAGUGUGAAGGUGACCUGCGUGGAAGGCUAUGAAAUUGUGAGGCAACGAGACAGCGUCGUGACUUUUCACUCCAGCUGUCAGGAAAAUGGCGAAUGGAGCAACUCCCAUCUCCGCUGUGUUCCUGUCAACUGCGGUGAUCCCACUCCUAUUGACAAUGCCCAAGCCGUGUACGUCUCCGAGCUUCACGAGCCUCUGUACAAAGCUGCUUUCCGGUAUCAGUGUGAUGCUCCUUACUAUACCCUAAAAGACAAGGAGGAUGCGGUGUAUCAGUGCUCAGCCAGUGGAGAAUGGGUCAACGAAGACAUGGGAACAAAGCUACCAAAAUGUGUCCCAGUGUGUGGGGUGCCUAGCAAUCCCAUUAAGGAGAAAGCAAAGAUCAUUGGAGGCACCCUUGCAGAAAAGGGCAACUUUCCCUGGCAGGUGUAUUUCAAUUACCCAAGAGGAGGCGGUGUGUUAAUCUCUGAGCGAUGGGUAAUGACUGCAGCUCAUGUGCUGGAGGGGUACGACAGGCCCGACAUGUACGCCGGGGCAAUCAAUAUCGCUGGAGAAUCUCUGCGCCGGGAGGGCCAGCGGCUGAUCGCAGAGGCCUCAUUCAUCCACCCGGGCUGGAAGAAUCAGCCCACUGACACCAGGACCGAUUUUGAUAAUGAUAUUGCGCUACUGAAGCUGAGGGAUCCUGUGAGGAUGGGCCCAAACAUCUCGCCCCUCUGCCUUCCUGGUAAAUCACCCGAGUACGAGCUGGAGGAGGGGACGCUGGGCUACAUUGCUGGCUGGGGCCAGAGGGAGAAGGGAAGGCUGCCCAUCUAUCUGUGGAAGGCACUGAUUCCCGUGGUGGGCAUGGAUAAGUGCCGAUCUGUGAAACCAGAGGGCUCUGCCGAUUCCAGUGCGUACCGAUUCACCGACAAUAUGAUCUGUGCUGGUGGGGGCAAGGACAGCUGCAAGGGGGACAGUGGCGGAGCCUACGCUAUCCAAGAUCCUCUUGAUGACAGACGGUACUAUGUGGCCGGGCUAAUCUCCUGGGGACCACGUUGUGGUACCUUUGGUCUUUACACUAAGGUAGUGCGUUAUUUGGACUGGAUUGCAGAGACAAUGAGCCAGCAUGAGGAUGAAUAAACUUGGCAGGAUUAGCUCUUUCUCCUUUCAGUGCGGUCACCCUUCCUGAACACGAUGGUUACGUGCUCAGGCUGGCUGUGGUCCUGCUCACUCGGUGGAUGGAACACAUUGUGUCUGUGCUGAGUGCAGGCUCCUUCCGCUUCUUCCCAUAUUUUUCUAUCCCAUUAUUUCCCACCUGGAGAAGACCUAGCAAUGCCCCACCUGACAGGGAGAUUUCAAUGAAAAUAAGAGAGAAUAAUUGUUGGUUCCCAGGGUAGGUUCAGAGCCUGGGUUUGGAUUUAUGUGUUUCCUGUAUUGUUCAGAAUCUCUAACAGCAUUAAAGAAUGUCCAAAUUGC